AUGGCUGACGAGGACCAAGAUAUUUUCGACUCACUCGAGCGUGAGGCUUCAGAAUUCACAAAGGUACAUACUUCAAUGUCUCUAACAACGCCCAGACCUCUUGCUAAUUCGUUUCUCCAGGAUGCGGAAAUCGAUCGCAUUCGCAAAGCGUUCUCUCUCGAUGCCUACGCAGUGCUAGAUUUACAGCCUGGUGUUUCUGAAAAGGACAUCAAAGUUCAAUACCGCAAGAAGUCCCUUCUCAUUCAUCCUGAUAAAACUAAGAACCCCGCCGCACCUGAUGCAUUCGAUCGAUUGAAGAAAGCACAGACAGCCUUGCUAGACGAGAAGCAGCGCACAUACCUGGAUGAGUGCAUCUCAGAUGCCCGACGAUUGCUCAUUCGCGAGCACAAGUACACGAUCGAUUCACCCGAGGUUUACACCGAAGACUUCAAGGUUGAGUGGCGCGAGAAGACUAUCAAGGUCUUACUUGAAGAGGAAGCUCGUCGUCGACGACAAGCUAAAGUGCGCAUGCAGGAAGAAGGUCGCGAGAAGCAAAAGGAAGAAGAAGAAAUGGAUGCGCGCAAGCGUAAGCGCGAGCACGAGAAGAAUUGGGAAGACACUCGUGAUGAGCGCAUCGGCAGCUGGCGAGAGUUUCAAAAGGGACGCAAGCCUGUUGACGAUGAAAAGAAAAAGAAGAAGAAGAAACCGAAGAUGUUGGGAUAA